CCUCGUGCCGCUGCUUACUCACUCACCAUCUUCAUCUUCAUUAAUUAAUUAAUAACCACCACAAUGUUGAAUAAAGAUGAAAAUAUUGAAGAGCGUAUCCAGCAAGCCAUCGCUGCCUAUCAAAAAAAUCCAAAAUCCAAAAUACUACCUCUUUCACGAGAAUUUAAUGUCCCCUAUCAACGUCUCCGAGCGCGUAUCAAUGGAAGGAAUCCGAAUACUGCGAAGGUGCCAGUUAACAAGAGGUUAAAUGAGAGCCAGGAGGACGCGAUUAAACGAUGGAUCAAGCUGCUAGAUGAAAAAAAUUGCCCCCCCACGGCCGAACACAUUCAAGAUUUCGCGAAUUCAAUCCUCAGACGCGAUCAUACAGAUCCUACUAUCUCCCCCCCAAAAGUCAGCAAGAUGUGGACAUACAGGUUCAUUGAACGCCUACCUGAGUAUAAGAGGGUGAAGCAGAAGCCAAAGGAUGCAAAUAGAAAUAUCAUGCGGCGUAGGGAGAAUGAAGCAGAAAAAGAGCAGAAUAAGGAGAGAUGGAGACAGGGGAUUGGUCCCAUUAAAAUUGGCAACAACUCACUCCCACCACUAACUGAGGAGGAAAUGAAACGAUUUAGAGAUGGUACGCAUACUGAGAAUGAUGUAGAUAAUUUAUUUAUUAUAGAUUAGCUACUGGUUGUUGAUGUAAAGAGCUAUAAUGAGGAUGUGAUUCUUGAUUUUUAUCGUUUCGGUGUUUUUAUCGUUUUGGUGGGUGUGGCGCACUCGCUAGAGGUGAGUGAGUAAGCAGCGGCACGAGUAUUUAUAUCCUAUGCCUCUUGCUGGAGGAAUCUUGAUAAUGGCCUUGUCUUUCCCAAGGCGAGAAUACGAGGAUACCCGAGUGACAGACAGAAAUGAUGGAAUACUCAGGUUCAUCGCGUUUCUGCUAGGCAGCGCAUGUGUACCUAGGUACGAAGAAUACAUCUAUGCCCAGCAAAAAUUCGCGCUGGGGGAUUUGAAUGCUGCUUUGUGAACUAAUAUAGUCAGUUGAAAGUAACUUAUUCUUUAAGAUUUUCCUCAUCUGUCUAGCUUCUUAUUCGGUAAUAUGUUUCGAAGAGCUGUCAAACCCCCCUGAAUGCCACUCGUCGGCACCAUCUCUAGAGCCGGUGCAGUGGUCACUUACACAUGCCCCUGGCCGGGGCCGCAAUCAAGGAAUAUACCAUGAGCGAACCUCAAAUUCGGCUUGGAGACAUUGUGUGAAUAUUUCUGACCGAAAACUCAAAACCUUUGCUCGGAUUCGUGGGUAUUUCGAAAAACCUUGCCCCUCGGACUCGUGAGUGGAAAAUGAAAGCACUGUUCCUGUGUCAAGCUCAGUCAAUGAUAUCGCCCAUCACAGGAGUGCUGUUGGGUUCAAAUGCCAACAGCGCCUAUAAUAUUGACGUAAUUGAAAUUUCGGGCGGACCAUGUGAUAAUCAUAUCGAACUCCCGCUGCUUGGAUAGUUGGAUUCCAUUACUACCAAUUCCUGAUGAAAGGGGAGUAAACAAGUUAUUCCUGGAACAAACCCUGUUCACGCAGGUUUCUUCCGUCAGCUACGCAUGGAUGCCGACCCGGUGACAAUAUCGCAAUAUCGUAAUAUCGAAAUAUCGCACUCUUUGAACUUGGAAGCCUACGCUUCCAACCAUCUCGGCAUUGCAGGCUGUCGGUAAAACAUCCACGAGGCACUGAAGACUCCCGAGCCCAUGAAAGGAAGUGGCGUCUUCCGAAUUUCCGCUACCAUUCCCCUAUUCCUUAGUUUUGCCAUGUGCAGAGCCCUACUGAACGGGACCUUCACGGGUGAGGCCCAGGUCAUCGAUUUUGUCCUCCGACAUGGAAUCGGAAUGGGUGGCCAAACAUGUUUGAGGCGUUUUGAGAUUGAUAAUUAUUAGAAGGUUUUUAUGAUAGAGGCCAAAGAGGUUUGAUGUCUGCCAACCACGUAAGGAGCCCUGUGGAUCCAAUAGGCUUCUCAGUCGAAUAGAGUAAGGCCGUCUUUCUCUCUGGAGACGGAGUUAGGCCAAAGAAUCCCGUGGCGGACUAAAUUCCAGCGGCGGACUUUAUGGAAUCCCCAUGGACAUUUUGCCAUGCUCGUACGCUAGCUAACCCCAUACCUGGUUGGAUCACUACUCGAGGGCCCUCGCUAGAUAAGUCUCAGACAAUUCAGUAAACUCAAUGAGGAAGUUGGAGAAUGAAGGCUCUAGUGUAGAUAGCCAUAGGUGUAUGAAGCAUAGUUCCAUCCGACUAAUACAAGAGCUAACAUGCGACAUUGGCUGUUUACGAGGAGUGUUUUGUUUGUUGUGAUAUCGCAAUUUCUUCAGGAGCAUUGCGCGCCGGCGGGAAAUAAGAUGUAAAAAUAAAACUAAAUCAUCCAAAAAAGGAAAGGGGGAGGCAAGCAAGGGAGUAGAAAACCAAGGAAGGAAAAGGGGGAAAAAGGAGGCUAUCAAGCAUAGAAAGGAAAAGCACAAGGAAAAGGAAAAGGAAAAGGAAAACAAAACAUUGUUAGACAGAUAACCCUCGACACUCGCACUGUCUGUCAGGUCCCUACCCGACCACCACGCAUUCUUCUCUAAUUCUCUACCAGCCUGAAGAAUCGUCCCACUACCAUUCAUUCACUCACCAAAAAUCAUGGAUAUCUUGACUGAAGGCACUUCGCCCAAACCUCCCCAAUGGCAUGGUGCUCUAAGGUUCCAUUCAGUGAAAGAGCUAAUCCUUGAGCCGACGAAACGACCCCUUCAAGCUCUGCAAGACUCAACUCCACUGGCUCUUUAUCACCAUCACCCACGUUCACUUUUUGUAUCGCAUUCAUCACGGCCUCGCACCGUGUGUAUAAAUCAUCGAGUAACUGGACAGUUGUGAAUUGUGCCGAGUAUGCCCGUCUGGAAUUAUCGGCAACGGUGCUGUUGGGCGGCGGGAAGGUGGGCCGGGGAACUGUUAUUAGCAUUGGUUUUCCAGGACGUCCGGACGGAGGGAGCUGCUGUUGCCCUGCUUGCUGGAGCCGUGCCUCCUGCUGCCGCUGCUGCUGAUCCCGUUGUGUUAGAUGUUGUUGACAUUGUCGCCGUCGAACCAUAUCCCAAUCCAAAUCAGCGAUCAAGCUCAGAUACUCUCGUAGCCCCAGCCCAUCAUCAUUUCCAAUGACCUGGUCUGCGGCACGAAAUAUUUUCGCGAUGGGCUGCUGAAGGUCCCGGAACGCCGGGUCCGUGAGCAUGUUGAUACCCCGCCAGGGUGUCUCUGAACCGUAUGGUCGAGAGGGACGGGCGGCAUUCGGGACGACCAGCUUUAGCAUCGGCUGUGGACGGUGGGCUUCCCAGAAACGGCGGGCGGCACAGAUACAGUGGAAUUCUAUUUCUCGAAGGUAUAUUGAUUGGAGAGUGUGGGUACGGCUGACUGCUCGCCGUGUAGGGAAUAUUUCUGAUGGGUUGUAGGCGUUACUAUUGUUUGGCAGGGAUUGGGCAGGUUUCUGAGGCUGGGCCAUUGGCCCAGCGCGCGGAAAUAUAGGUGGUAGGCGCCUAUCUGGAGCUUGUGCCCUACUCGGAUCUAUUGGGGGAAGCCUCAAGGGUGAGGAUUGGGAUGCGCUGGUUGGCACUGUAGCGGGACUAUUAUCAGUGACAGGUCGUGAUGACAAUUCCUGGAAGCCCCCGUUUUGGUGAGAAUCAUUCUUUUUGGUUCUCGCGUUCCCUAUCAUCGCCUGACGUAUUCGCUUGGAGGUAUAAGGCAAGAAACACUUUCUCCCGUUGUGUGAUGGGUGAUAUUUGCGUGGGGGUAUAAGCAGUAUUGAACGGAGAGUCUGCGAUAGAGAGGUCGAAGUGUAUGAAGAAUUUCAGCUAGGAGGGUGGCACGGCGAAAGGUUUAUAUACCUGUGGAAAGCAAAGGCACAAGGUCCAACAAAGAACAUAUUUCUUAAAGAGUUAAAAUGGGGAGAAGAGGUGAAUGGACCUACGAAGAAGUUCAAGGUAAUUCGAAAACGCCAGUUCCGCUGUUGUCGAGACUGUGUUUGAUGCUUCCAGUUGACGCGGGUAUUUGUAAAAACAAGCAAGCUCUAGAGUUGUGAAACUGAUCAUGAAUACCAAACAAGCGAGAAACAGCGGUAAUUUAGUACAAAGCGUAGAAACAUCAAAGCAGAAAGAAAAGAUAUAGAUGGAGCGACGAAGUAUCAUAUUCAUCGAAAAGUAUUGAUUGCAGUUGGGGGUGUAGUGAGAUAUUUCAGUGAUACAUCUCACAUAUAUUUUGAGCAAUAGCACGGAAAUAAAGCGCAAAACCAAAGUUGAGAAGGUAGAAAUAAAAGAGUUUCAUUAAUCUGUCAUUGACCGGUGUAUGUAUAUAUCACACGCUCCAUACAACAACUCUUCCAUCCACCCCGCUUGCUGUUGAGUUCGGAGUGUAUUAGUUGCCCGUCUUCCAAGAAUACUAAGGAAAGAGAUGAUGAAACAUGACUGAUUACUUACUGCUAAACUUCCGAACUCUGCCUCCAGCUUCUUCAUAAACCCUAAG